AGGGCAGCGAGGAGCAGCCUUGUGUGCAGGUGGACUUCAAUAAACACCUCCCGGAGCCCUCGGCACAACACAGCAGGCCAGCAGACAGACUUCAGAGCCCGAGCUGCCUGCGGCACUACUGUCGCUGGCCAGGGCUGACCUCAAAAGGCCAAGACAUCCAGGCUUCUGCCUCCAGCCCCAGGCAGCUCCAUUCCACAAGUGCAACAACCGAGCCACGCAAAAGAAGUCAGCUGAAGGAUGGGAAGCAAGAGUAUGGUGUUCUCCAGCUCCUCCCAGGCUUCGAGCGCCGGCAGGCUGCACCGCAUCCCCACCUGCGCCUGGCACUUGGCUUGGCUCCGUUACCCCAGGAGCUAGAGAACAGCGAGGAGGCCCCCAGCUCUGGCACCAAAUGGAGCGUGAGCACAGCCAAGCUCACCAGCCAGGGUGGCCUGCUCUAA